AGCGCUCCUCCCACCGGCCCGUCCUGCAGCCCGGCCUGCCGGCCAACCGCACAGCGGCGCCGGGCGGCGACGCCGAGUUCCGCUGCAAGGUGCACGGAGAGGCGCGGCCGCACGUCCAGUGGCUGCGUCACGUCGAGGUCAACGGCAGCCGCCACGGGCCCGACGGCUCGCCCUACGUGCGGGUACUCAAGACGUCCGGAGACAAUAGCACAGACGAGGAGAUGGAGGUCCUCUACUUACGGAAUGUCACGUUUGACGACGCCGGGGAAUACACUUGCCUGGCGGGCAACUCCAUCGGGACCUCUCACCAAUCUGCAUGGCUCGUUGUCAUCGCAGCGGAGAGGCCGGAGUCGAAGGCUGCCCUCGCCGCCCCGGACUUCCUGCAGAUCGGCGUCUACUGCACGGCCGGCUUACUCGCCACCACGGCCGCCGUGGCCGCGAGUUGCCGCGUGCGGAACGCGCCGGAGCAGACGCCGCCAGUCGGCAACGAGCCCCGACUCUGUCGCCUCUCCAGAGACAUCGUCCUGCAGAGACAGGUAUCGCUGGAGUCUGCCGACUCAGCCAACUCGAGGCUGCCGCUGCUGCUGCUCGGUCGCCGCUUCUCGUCGGCGGACUCCCCGAGGCUGCCCGGCGUCUGCGAGAGCGAGCUGCCCCCAGAUGCACGCUGGGAGUUCCCGCGGGGACGGCUCAGGCUGGGUGCGCCGCUGGGCGAGGGCUGCUUUGGCCGCGUGGUGACGGCCGAGGCGCUGGGCAUCGACCAGGAGCAGCCCGGCCGCUCCGUCCGCGUCGCCGUCAAGAUGCUGAAGGACAAUGCUACGGACAAGGAGCUGUCCGACCUGGUGUCGGAGCUGGAGCUGAUGAAGAGCGUGGCGAAGCACAGGAACAUCAUCGGUCUGCUGGGGGCGUGCACGCAAGGCGGUCCCCUGCUCGUCAUCGUGGAGCUCGCCGCCAAAGGGAACCUGCGAGACUUCCUGCGCGCCCGCCGCCCGCCCGUCACGGAGUCGGCGUGCGACGGUGCCGGAGCGAGGGGCGAGCGACCCGCCGCCAGGGAGCUGGUGUCGUUCGCCCGUCAGGUGGCGCGCGGCAUGGAGUGGCUCGCCUCCAACAAGUGCAUUCACCGGGACCUGGCGGCACGCAACGUGCUGGUGGCGGACGGCAACGUGAUGAAGAUCGCCGACUUUGGGCUCGCACGCGACGUCAACCACAGCGAGUACUACAAGAAGACUUCCAGCGGUCUCCUGCCGGUGAAGUGGAUGUCACCGGAGUCCUUGUUUGACCGCGUCUACACACAGCGCAGCGACGUCUGGUCGUUUGGGGUGCUGCUCUGGGAGAUGUUCACGCUGGGGGGCUCCCCCUACCCGGGGGUCCCCGUGGAAGAGCUCUUCCGGCUCCUGCAGGAGGGACACCGCUUGGACCGGCCGCCCCUGUGCCCCGCUGAGCUGUGA